AACUACACUUCCCAGCAUGCCCCGGGCACGCACUUCCGGGGUGUGACGUGGUUCCGCUGCCGCGGCGCUGACUCGGCCGGGCCUGAGGCGCAGCGGAGCUGAGACGAUGAAGCUCCUGGCUCUGGCUCUGGCUCUGCUUCUGCUUUCUCUGGCUCAGGCUGAGGAAGGAGCCAGACUUUUGGCUUCCAAAUCCCUGCUGAACAGAUACGCAGUGGAGGGCAAGGACCUGACCCUGCAGUACAACAUCUACAACGUUGGCUCCAGUGCUGCCCUGGAUGUGGAACUCUCAGAUGAUUCCUUCCCCCCAGAAGAUUUUGGGAUUGUCUCUGGGAUGCUCAAUGUCAAGUGGGACAGGAUUGCUCCUGCCAGCAAUGUCUCCCACACCGUGGUCCUACGACCCCUCAAAGCUGGAUACUUCAACUUCACCUCUGCUACCAUCACCUACCUGGCCCAGGAGGGGGGACAGGUUGUGGUGGGAUUCAGCAGUGCUCCUGGGCAGGGAGGAAUCCUGGCUCAGAGGGAAUUUGACAGGAGAUUUUCCCCUCACUUUCUGGACUGGGCAGCUUUUGGUGUGAUGACUCUGCCUUCCAUUGGGAUCCCACUGCUCCUCUGGUAUUCAAGCAAGAGGAAAUAUGACACCCCAAAAAGCAAAAAGAACUGAGAAGACCCCAAAAAAAAAAACCCCAGAACUCAGGGAAGAACAAAAAAAUCAGCCCCCACCCCAAAAAAUGGAGCCCAGGGGCUCUGAGGUGACAAAUGGGGUGGCAGAAAGGGGGUGGGAGGGCUUUUCCCUGGGUUUUUUUUUUUCCAAGGAAAGCUGGUUGUAUUUCCUGGAGCACUUUCCUCUGCUUCCUGGUGGCUCUGGGAAGGGCUGAGGGGGUGUUGAGGUCCUGAGGAUGAUUGGAAUAAACUGAAAAGCAGGAAAA